CAACCCUCUCGACCUACUCGACGACGACGACGGUAACCUCCACCGUUAUCAUCUUUCUUCCUCCUUUUCAGCAAUUCCCGAAAUACCCAAUAUAUCGCACAAUAAAAGUUGAGAAAUAAGCAUGUUUGCUCGUACCGCUUUUGCCCGCACUUCCCUCCGCUUCUCUCCUGCUGCUUGCUCUCGCAGGGCUUACGCUUCGGCUCCGGCAAGUGGACCGAAAAGGUCUAAUGUGCUGGUGUACUCUGCAAUCGCGGCAAUUGCUGGUGGGGCAAUUGCUGGUGGGGCAGGGUAUUACUACUAUUCCACUGCCGGCGGCGAGGCUGUGUUGGGGCCACCAGAGGUCACUUUCAAGGGGGACGGAGAGUGGGUUGAUUUGCAGGUUUGUUGCCCGGUGUAUUCUUUUUCGAUAAAGGAUGGGGUAGAACAGGGAAAUCGGAAGAGGAGAUGCUAACGAAGGAAUGUAUUAGUUGGCAGAACUCGCCCUGGUAACUCAUAAUACGAUGAGGCUCCGAUUCAAACUCCCGAGUGAGAACCAUGUUAGUGGGUUGAAAGUCGCCUGUAGGUCCUACUUCCUUCCCCCAUCUGGGAUGGGAAAAUGCACCCAAGCCACUAACAGACAUGCUCCCCAAAGCCGCCGUCCUAACAAAGCAUCAGGCCCCCACCGACGAAAAACCCACAAUUAGACCCUACACUCCGGUAAACGACGAAGACGCCCGCGGCUACCUCGACCUCGUGGUGAAAAAAUACGACAACGGGCCAAUGAGCAGUCACAUAUUUUCAUUGAGCAGAGGUAGGUCCCUCUCCUUCAAAGGGCCCAUACCGAAAUACGAGUGGGCACCGAACAAGCACGAGCACAUCACGCUCAUCGCUGGUGGCACGGGGAUAACCCCCAUGUACCAACUUAUGCGCGCCAUCUUCCACAACCCGGAGGACAAGACCAAGGUGACCCUGGUAUUUGGCAAUCUCACUGAGAAGGACAUAUUGCUGAAAAGGGAGCUGGAGGAUUUGGAGAAUACGUACCCGCAGAGGUUUAGGGCUUUCUAUCUGGUGGACGAAGCGCCGAAGAAGCCGGGGAGGGCUACGCAGGGACGCGUGACGAAGGAGUUGCUCAAGAAGGUGCUGCCAGAGCCAGGCAGUGGGAAUAAUAAGAUCUUCGUGUGCGGGCCCCCUGGGAUGUAUAAGGCGAUUAGUGGCGUUAAGAAUAGCCCCUCGGAUCAGGGGGAAGUGGCGGGGCUGUUGAAGGAGUUGGGGUAUAAGAAGGAGGAGGUUUAUAAAUUUUAG